AUGGAUAACAAUUAUUUUGCAAAUCAUGCUACUAAACUGAUACUAGCAUUACCAUUAACCAUUCUACUAAUUGGUGUGUCGUCUAAGGCACUUCCAAGGCAAUUAUUUGCAACAAUUCGACAUGAUGAUCAUACUCUAAACUCGUCCUCAUCUUCUCCGUGUAACUUUCCGGCUGUAUUCAAUUUCGGCGACUCCAACUCCGAUACUGGUGGUUGGUCUGCCACGUUCGGGCAAGCCGAACCUCCUCAUGGUGAGACUUUCUUCCAUGCUCCUGCUGGGAGGUACUCCGAUGGACGUCUCUUGAUUGAUUUUAUAGCGGAAGGUGUAGGGAUCCCUUACCUAAACGCGUACCUCGACUCAAUGGGAUCUAACUUUAGCCAUGGAGCCAACUUUGCAACGGCAGCGGCCACCAUUAGACCUCAGAAUAGCACUUCAUUCAGCCCUUUCUCGUUGAAUGUCCAAGUUUAUCAAUUUCAUGAUUUCCGACAACGGUUGCAGAUUAUCUGUAAUAGAGGAGAUGUGUUUAAGAGCUUAAUGCCGAAGGCAGAAUACUUCUCUGAAGCUCUUUACACAUUCGACAUUGGACAAAAUGAUUUAACGUCCGUCUACUUUCCUGAUAUGUCAAUCGAUCGAGUGAAAGAAAAAAUCCCUGACAUUUUGAAUCAAUUCAAGGCAUAUGUCAAGGAAGUAUAUAUCCGAGAAGGUAGAUACUUUUGGAUACAUAAUACGGGUCCACUUGGAUGUCUAACGUAUAUGCUAAAUGGUCAAACUCUGAAUGCAACCCAAAUGGACCAAACUGGAUGUGCUAUUUCAUUAAACGAAGUGGCCCAAGACUUUAAUUCUGGGCUUAAGAAAAUUGUGGCCCAACUCAGACAAGAAAUGCCACUAGCAGCCAUCACGUAUGUGGACAUCUACUCCAUCAAGUAUGACCUCAUUAGCCAUGCUAAAAAAUUUGGUUUCGAAAAUCCAUUUUUGGCUUGUUGUGGACAUGGAGGAAAGAAUAACUAUGACAUGCAAAAGCGUUGUGGAUCAAAGAUUAUGGAAAAUGGUAAAGAAGUUUUGGUUGGAUCUUGCAAAGAUCCAUUGGUGAGGAUUAGUUGGGAUGGAGCUCAUUACACAGAGGCGGCCAACAAAUGGGUUUUCGACCGUAUGGUUGAUGGAUCAUAUUCGGAUCCUCCUAUUUCAUUGAAAAUGGCAUGUUACAAGCAUUAGUGAUGAGUUAAUUUGAUAAGUUUGCCCUUCUUUUCCUUAGUGUAAACUUAGAUGAGAUUGAUCCAUGCAAAUGUAGGUCUCCAACCAUGUUAUACCUAGUCACGAAUCUAUUGUAUUCAUUGAGUUUAUUAAAAAAAAACAUAAUCUUAAUUAAUUUUACACAUACUACUAUAUAUUAGAUGUGUUUGGUUAUGCUACCACAUACUCACUCCGUCCCUUUGUCUAAUAAAGGGACAAAGGGAGUACUAUAUACGAAGUAUUAGAUAACUUUUUUUUGACUUCAAAUUGAAUAUAUUUAGUUGAAUUUGCUACUUUCAAAUUGAAUUAAACUACGGUUAUAGCCAGACUAUCAUGAAUUGGGUUAGAAUUUUGACUUCAACCUAGGCUUGAGCAAACUUAUUUGCCUCGAAAUGUGACACCCAAUGCUUCAAAGUUCAAGCAAACCAUUUAAAAAAAAUAAUAAAAAUAAAAAACUUAUUACCGAGUACUCAGUUUCACAAUAUUUCACCCAUUUUGCACAAUAAUUCAAGUACUCGUAAUUACUUUGACCAUAGUCCAUACUAUUUAAAUACCAGUACAUUAUAAAAAAAAAUUAUCGCUGCAA